GGACCUCACACUCUCACUAACUCUCUCACCCUAACUCUCUCUCUCUAUAUACACUUCAUCUUCUCAAAAGAGAAGAGAAGACAAGCCGUCGUGCCUCCUCUCUUUAUUUUUUCUCCAUCGAUGCCCUUCCCCUCUUCUUCUCUUCGCCGACAAAACCAGAUGCAGCACCACCAGCAGCUCCAACCAGCAGUCGCGACGCACAGCUGCAACAGCCACAAACGACCUCUUGUGCAGCCACCGUACGUCGCCGUUCCGGCAAGACAGCAGCUGCAGCGGACAACAACAUCGACGGCGGCAGGAGCAUCGAUGCUCCAAUCAACUGACCAUCAAACUCCAGCCAGUGAUGAAGAUGAAGAACGCCGCCAUGAUUCAAGUCAUUAUUCGUCAAAGACGGAUCUUAAGAUCCGUCCGGGUUCACAAAGGGAGAAAGAAAAAACAAGCAUUGGAAUGACGGUUAUGGAUAACUGCCAUUUGCUUCAUGCCUUUGGCACCCAUAUUCAAAUUUUAGGGAAGGCCAUAAUUACUGAAGCACUAGAAAUAUGGGAAGCUGUGGAAAAAGCACUACAAAAGGAUUGGUCAAAGACCAAGAACGAGAGGAACGAACCAGAAAAGGGAAAGCUCUUGCACUGGGCGACAAGAGCCCUCUUGGUUGAUGCUGCUCCACUUUGUCUUGCUGUCACACAAGACAAGUCUAUACAUAACAUUCGAUAUCAUCUCGUAUGUGUGAUUAGUAGUAAGUUGCCUCAAUCAAGGCCCUUGUGCGACGCUGCCCUGGAUUCCCAGCCCACAAUGAUUCAUGGUUUUCCUUCAUGA